CCCCGUUCUCUCAGUCCUUCCCUCCUUGUAAACAACUCUGUGAACAGUGAACCACAAGACAGAAGCAGAAUGCAAGACACCAUAGUGCUCUACCCAUCCCCUGGCAUGGGCCAUAUCGUUUCAAUGGUGGAGCUUGGCAAGCUAAUCCUCCGCCACCACCACCACCUAUCCGUCACAGUCCUCCUCACCACCAGCCCUCACGAACCCUCGGCCACCACAUCUUACACCAGCCAGGUCACGCGAACCACCCCUUCUCUUACUUUCCACAGCUUCCCCCCUCUUUCCAUUCCCCAAGACACAUCUCCCAUCCGCAGCCACGCAGCCAUUGGUUUCGAAUUCCUUCGCCUCAACACCCCAAACGUCCUCAACGCCCUCCUGUCCAUCUCUACAACCUCAACCAUCAAAGCCCUCGUCAUCGACAUGUUUUGCACCUCAGCCCUUCACAUCGCCUCUGAUUUUGACAUCCCCACUUACUACUUCUACACCUCCGGUGCAGCCGCUCUCGCAGCCUUCCUUUACCUGCCCACCAUUCACAACCAGAACACCCAAAGCUUCAAGGACCUUACUAACACCUAUCUCCAUUUCCCAGGCUUGUCCCCUGUCCGGGCAUCUCACAUGCCUGAACCCAUCCUCGACCGAGACGACCCGGCCUAUCAUGAUUUCAUAUACUGCACUGCUCACCUCCCCAAAUCCAGGGGAAUUUUAACAAACACCUUUGAGGCAUUAGAGCCGAAAGCAAUCAAAGUGAUCGCUGAAGGGGCUUGCGUGCCUGACACUCCGACCCCCCCUGUUUACUACAUCGGUCCAUUGGUUGCUAAAGACGAUGGUCGGGCUGAAGGUGGAGAUGGUGCCCGCACGGCCGAGUGCUUGUCAUGGCUAGACGCGCAACCGAGUCGAAGCGUCGUAUACUUGAGCUUCGGCAGCCGAGGGACCUUUUCUGCGGCGCAGUUGAAGGAGAUUGCGAUUGGGUUGGAGAGAAGCGGACAGAGAUUCUUGUGGGUGGUCCGGAGUCCGCCGUUAACGGAUGAGGAAGUGAGAACCAGCAGCUCUUCGAGACAUGGGGAACCCGAUUUGGAUGCUCUGUUGCCGAAAGGGUUCUUGGGUCGAACGAAGGAUAAAGGAUUAGUGGUGAAGACAUGGGCGCCGCAAGUUGAGGUGCUGAAUCGGGAAUCGGUGUGUGGGUUCGUGACUCACUGCGGAUGGAACUCGGUGUUGGAAGCGGUGUGUGCAGGAUUGCCAAUGGUGGCAUGGCCACUGUAUGCAGAGCAGCAUCUGAAUAGGGUGAUUUUAGUGGAGGAUAUGAAGCUGGCGAUGGCGAUGGAGCAGGCGGAGGAUGGGUUUGUGAGUGCGGAUGAGGUAGAGAAACGGAUCAGAGCGUUGAUGGACUCGGAAGAAGGGAGAAAACUUAGAGAACGGAGUGGAAAGAUGAGAAAGGAAGCCGCAGCGGCGUGGGAAGAGGGUGCGACGUCUUGUGUUGCGUUUACAAAAUUCACCGAGUCAUGGAAACGGGCUUAACCAAAA